CGCAUAAUCGCACGUCUGACAGCUGGAUCAUCAUCGACAAGAAUGUGUACAACAUAACGGAUUUCCAGGCGGAGCAUCCAGGGGGGGACCGGAGUAAAUUUUUUUUUUUUUUUUCCUUUCCUCUUUAUCCGUGGGUAAUGUAGUAUACUAAUGGGAAUAGUCUUGCACAAGGUGGCUGGGACAGACGCCUCCAAGGAGUUCCACAAGCAUCAUCGCGACUCCGUGCUGAGUCGGUAUCAGGAGCGGUUACAGGUGGGGGUAUUGAACGAGGCAGCGUCGGGGGCGAAGAAGAGUUUUUUGCGACGGUUGUUCAAAUCAUAGACAUACAGGAUUACCAAGAUGAGUUCAUGAAUGGAUAAUAUACACGAAAUGAAUAGUAUGUAUGAG